GGCUGUAAGAUUUGUUUUGUUGUCCUCAUCCUUCCUUCCACCAUGGCGUAUUCUACUCUUUCCCUCUCAAUUUCAAAAGUUUGAAACGCACCGUAAAAACUAAACGUCUAAACGCUGCGUCUCAGUUCCCAUGGACGACGAAGCUAUUGCUAACGCUAACGGAGCUCCGUCACCUCCAUGUGUCGUUUCGGUGUCUGCACUCUCCGGUUCCCGCCGCCGCCUCUCGACGAGCUUCCUGGAGCGGAGCCGCCGCCCUGUCUCGUCGUCGGAGAAGCUCAAGCCUAUGGCGUGGAUAUCUCUCCAGGGACGGCUCCUCAACGCCGACGAAGCCAGCUCGGCUCGAACCAUCUGCGGCGGCUUCAGCGCCGAACUAGCCCUCGCUUGGAACCUCUUCCCUCCCAUCCACAGGUUCCUCGUAGUCGCGGUCAUUGGCACUGCCGUUGCACGCUCCCGAAAAGACCUUCAAAUAUUCCAACUCAAAAACUCCGUUCAUCUAAGGGACCAGGUGCUGUUAAACAUGCAGCAAAAGCUUGAUAGUCUUUGCGAGUUGGUUAACAAUUCUAAACUACACUCAACCAAUAAGUCUUGUGACAAGGAUGGGGAAUUGCAAUUAAAUGAGACUCUUGGCUCUGGGAAAAUUAACUUUGUUGAUUGUGGUUGUUGGCAUUGUGAGCAACACUCUGCUUUCCUUAAUGAAUUAAUGGUUGAUUCUGUUGCAAGAACCUCUGGUGCCAAUGAGGUGCUUCAAUAUAAGAUGCCCUUCUCUAAUGAAGAUCAAGAGGAGCGAAGAAUGUCUGACAUGUCAGAUUGGGCUUCAAGUGUCACAUCUUCUGCUGAUAUCCAGUUAAACAACUUGGCUGUAGAACAAGAUAUUUAUAAUCUUAGGAGGGACUGCGAAGAGAAGGAUACCACAAUAAAGGAACUAACCACCCUGUUGAACUCUAAUGAGGUUGCUAAGUGCAAGAGGAUUGCUGAAUUAGAAGACAUUAUACGGAGGAAAAAUACAACAAUUUCAAAAUUAAAGAAAGACAUGUUGGUUUUAGAACAAAAGGUUGUGCAACUUACAAGACUUCGUCGACCCUCUUUCUCUACUAGUGGCUCAAAUGACAGUCAGCUGCCACAUAUCAUGAUAGAUAACCUUCUUUAUGAUAUGGAGAGCACCACUAGCCCCUCCUCAUCUUCUGAUUCGGAUAGCUCUUCUGUCAUCAAAGCACGGGAUCGUCCUGCUGAUGUUGUCCUGAACCAGAAUUUGGCUUCCAAAAUUAAUCAGAAACCUACACCAGCAAAAGUAUCCAGUUCAUCAGGGAGAUUUUUUGAAUGCCACUCAAAGUCUCAAUCCGUUAGUCCUCGUAAAGAACUUUCAAGUAGCCAAAAAUCUAAUGCAGCUUCCUCUUCAGCCCAAAAGCUAUUGUCAGCUCGUGGGGACUUAAAAAAGAAUAGAAGACGAUCUCUUAAUGGAGAUAAGAGUACGAUGGAACAUAAGAGAUGGGUAUAGUAAGGAGAGGCUCUGGUAUGAUGAGGGUACAAUUUUCUCUAUGUUUGCAAUUAUCCAACGGGAUCGAAGUGUCAAGUAGAAGAUGGCAAAUACUUCAUAGACAUAUACUUUAGCUAUGGCACACUAUGAUUUAGAUCGAUAAAUUGAAGAUCGCGGCGGCAGGGAUUUUAAUCAAAUCUGUUAGUGCUGUCUAACAGUUGGUUUAUUUUUAUCCUUCAAUUCAUGGACUGUUUUACUCAUUAAAUUCGAUUGCUCGAUGGUCUCUUUCUCAAGCGAUUAAAGCAGAAACAAACGAAA